AUAUUCUAUCCAUAUUCUAGCCUUCUGAAUGAUUACAUCUCUUACCGAGGGACAUUGAGGGGUGGAUGUUGGGGUGUGCCACAACCGGACAAUUGGAUUAUCGAAGGAUUAUUGCUUACUAUGGUCGUAUUAUACCAAAGCUCGAGACCCUCAAGAGAUACCGUAGUAUUCCUUCGUUCAUAAUCUUUUCCUCUGCCGCCCUUCCUGUCCUCCUUUCCUUCCUUUCUCUGUCUGGUUCUAUUGCCGUUCGAGAUAACAGAAGAAAGCAAUCAUCAUGCUUCAUUGACACACAUGCCCGCAGCCAUGAGGCGUCGGAUGGUAAGCUGUAUGUAUUUACCGGGUAGUGAGUGUAGUUAUGCACAUUGGGAGGAACCGACAAGCCAUUGGUAUCACGAUGACCAGUAUUCCGGACUGACAGAGUGAAUAUACACUCUCAGCGAUCGAGAGUAGUGCAGUCUCUACCUCCCUAGGUAUUCAAAGUAGAUUCAGUAUUCCAUGACCGUUGAAUGUCCUGAUCAUUAGUUUCGAGAAUUGAAAGCUUCUGAUUGUCGGAUUACCAUCCGAACCAUUGGAAAUUAUGAUAGGUAUCGGCUAAAAGUAGUAAUAGACGUUGGCUUCUCCUGGAACGGCUCGAACGGUUCGACUGCAGAUAUACUUAUUACUGCAUUCUAAACUAUGCCGAUGCACGAUACACGCUCGAGACACGAUCAGAGCUGGUCGUGCAGGAAUAAGCGGCCGUUUCUUUCUUCACCUCCAACGUUGUCCUUGUGUCUUUGCGUCUUUGCGUCUUUGCGUCUUUGUUUUCUUUCAAUCACUUCUCAACUAUCCUGCCAUCUUAUGCCCUACAACUUCACCUACUCCAUACACUAGUGGGGCGUGAAAACCAAAAGAUCAUCAAUCAUCAAUUUUGCCCGCUCGUAAGAUUUACCGAGUACCGAAGGAACGGCUGUACUCAAGGAUUCUGCAGCAAUCCAUUAUCAAAGUGCACAUAUCUUCAGUGGACAAUUUGAUGCAAGUCUUUCGGGCCCUCCGAGCAUCAUCAAGUCACAUUAGACUCGAAUCCUCUGUCUCUGGGUUCCUGGCUACAUAUAUAAGUUGGAUCGUGAAAGAGUAAUUUUCAAACGCGCAACGUGUAAAUUUGGUGGAGGGAGGCAAAAGUCGACUUUUUUCGACGUUCAAAAUAAUUAUUUCUCCGCGUAUAAUUAUACGGGAAGUCGAGUAAUUAAGGCGGCCAGCAAGUACUAUUCAUCUAUCGAUACACAAGAGCAUGAAUCCUUCCUGAAUGCAACUUUCCUUACACCCUUGGACCCCGCUGCGAGACGAUCCAGACGGAUUAAUACUUUUGCUUCCGCUGCAAUUUUAGACAGCAAAUUUGUUGGUCAGAGUUCCGCUUCUUCAGAAGCUACCCCUUAAUGGCAAGAGGGAUAUGACAUAUCAAUAGUAAAAAGUCUUCAUCUGAAAAUUCCGAAUAUUGAAAGACCUAGUGCUAGAGUAAGGAUGCGUCGAGCCGGGCAAAGCGCGGCUGAUACCCCGCUCCUACGAGUAUCUAGGCCAGUCUCAGCAUGUUCAAGAUGUCGAGCCGCAAAAAUUAAGUGCGAUGGGAAAUUACCUGCGUGUACUGCGUGUGAGAAAUCUGGACGACUAAACGAAUGCUCAAGUGCAAAUGAUCAGUUUGCGAAGGGAAAGGAAAGGAGUUAUGUUGCUUCUCUUGAAUCACGAGUCGAGAAACUCGAGAAGCGCCUGGCAUACGCUCGGUUGAGGAAAGCAUCUGUUGCGAUGCAUGACGUUGAUACGCCAACAGAAUUGCCAGAUCGGAAAGACUCUCUGGCUACUAUCAGAGCCGCGAUUCAUGGAAAAGCAGCUAGAAGGAGAGAGGCUGCUGAUGUGAAUGAAUUAGUCUCCGACUUUGGUUUCCUAUCUGUCCAUGCUACCACGCGCGAUUUUGAAUCAUCAACAACAAAUAUGACAUUUGCUAGACUCAUCCUUUCAGCGGCCAACCAUGACGAACUGCCUGAAUCCGAUUCUCUACAAUUACCACUGAGAUCUGUGGCGACAGCAUCGAUUCAAUAUUAUCUCGAUAACAUUUUUGCUCUCUAUCCAAUUGUCUCUGAGACAGCUCUAUUCAAUGCAUUAGAUAAAAUUUAUCAAGGUGGCAGUCAGCCGGUGACUGAUUUUGAGCAUUGGCUAUUCUACAUGGUCUUAGCCAUAUCAUCUACCGCUCAAUCCCGAAAUUAUUUAGACUCCAAAUAUGAGGAAGGUGUUUCUUGGGCUGGCCGUGCUCUUGCCUACGCCGAUCAUGUUCUUAUGCCUGGUCAUGUUUCUCAAAUCCAGGCCUUGGUCCUGUUUGUUCAGUAUGCAAUGCUGGAUCCAGCCCACUUUGACAGCUGGCAGUUGAUGGGGUUUGCUUGCCGGGCAGUUGUCGAUCUGGGAUUUCAUCAGGAUCCGCCUAAAGAGCAACAACCAGACAAAAAAGCAUUAGAUAUGAGGAGGAGGAUAUUUUAUUGCGUUUACUCGCUCGAUAGAUCUAUCAGCAUGGUUCAUGCAAGAGCAUUUUCCUUUACGGACGACUCAUCUAGCGUUGAAUAUCCAUCCGUAUCACCCUCGUUGCCUCCAAUGGGUCAGGCAGAUUCAAUAGUUGGACCCCAUUCCAUGGAUUCCGCACAUCUGUUGUGGCAGUUACGACGUGCUCAGUCAAGUUGGUAUCAAGAGCUGUUUCAGUCCAGUCGAGAACCAUUGCCACAUGGCUCAACAUAUCUCUGGAAGAUGUGCCAAGAAAUGCGGGACUGGUCUAACUCCUUUCCUGAUUCACUUCCGCUUGCCUUCAAGGAUUUUUUCGACUUGGAAUUGCUCUAUAGUUACGUUUAUUGUCUUGCCCCAUCAUGCCGAGUUCACGUAGUAUCAGAUUAUGCAAAGAAUCUGAUCUUCGACUACGCCAUAACAUACAUGCAAAAGAUUUUUCCUAUCAGUCAAGAUCCUAUCAAUAAGGCAUUCUAUACCUAUCAUGAUGCUCUACGAGUUUAUUUCAUUGGAAGUCAGUUAAUAGCGGUGUUGUCAGACAGUCAAGAUCAGAUAUUCAAUGGCUCAUGCAACACUGGUGGAAGGAGCUCUCCACCACCAUCUCUUCCGAUAGUCACUGGAUCUGAUCACAUAGAUCGGAGCCUCAACUGUAUAAACCACAUCAAGGAGACUUUGAGGACAUUCGGUCAGAGAUGGGAGGAUUCAAAGGCACUUCUGUCGAGUUUCGACACUCGAGCCGAGCCAAUCAUCGCAAGCCUGCACCGGAGAAAACAGCAACAGCAACAAUAUAUCAAAGAAGGGUCUCCCAUUGAUCAUAGCCCGAAUUAUAUGUCACCACCUGGCUACGAUCAUAGAACUUAUCAAAUGAAGAAUGAGUGGCCAAAUAUGAUCCCAAUAUAUCCGGACGCCUCAGGAUUUGGCGGAGCCGGUCAUGGAGCAGGAGCAGGAGCACCCGGCUUGUAG